AUGUUUGGAAAAAAUAUUAUGAGUGUAGUAGCGCGCAACAUGUAUGCUGCGAGAGCACCGAUCAUUACCAGAAACUUUUCUAUUACAUCAGAAAGGAGUGAUAUAGUAAAAAUUCAAAGUUCAGAUGAUUUCAAGGAUAAAGUCAUCAAUAGUAAAGUACCAGUGGUCGUCGAUUUCUUCGCCACAUGGUGUAACCCAUGUAGGCUGCUGACACCUCGUCUCGAGUCAAUUAUUUCUGAGAGCAAGUCUAAGGUGGUCUUGGCUAAGGUUGAUAUUGAUGAGCAGACAGAUUUAGCACUAGAUUACGAAGUGAGCUCUGUACCUGUGCUACUGGCUGUUAAAAAUGGAAAGGUUCAACAACGCCUUGUCGGUUUGCAAGAUACAGAUAAACUGCGCAAAUGGAUUGAACAACUUACUAUUGAAACUAAAGCUGAAGUUAAAGCCUAA